CUAUUGGAACCAGACAUCCUUUCAACAACCGUGAAUGGAAUGGACAGUAUCACUAUUGAAUGGAAGAUCCCUGAGACACCUUCUUCAUCUUGGCUCCAAUGUGAUUCAUCAAUCGUUAGCUACAACCUGACUUAUUGGCCAAGGGAUGAUCCCACUAACUCUACAACUAUUUCAGUAAAUAGUACGGAAGACAUAGUUGUCAAAACAGUCAAUGAGUUGGAUGUCUGCACCGAGUACGAGUUCUCCAUUGUCGUUGUUAAUUCAAUCGAUUUAGCUGGGCCUGCGAAUAUGACGUCAGCGAUGACUGACAAAAUACCUCCUCAACCUGUGGAUAGUGCUGACGUCACUUCAGAUUCGUACAACCACCUGGAGAUCACGUGGUCAGAGCCAUUCAGCCAAUGCGGUGCUCCGAGCUACACCGUAUCACGUAGGCUCCUCCUCAAUGACCAAUGCGACGAUUCUAUGGCGGAUACGGUAACAUGGGAGGUAACAGGCGAUACAAGCAUCGAGUAUGACGACCUGUUGCCAUACUCUACCUAUGAGUUUACAGUUCUGGCGACUCUGGAAGGCUAUGUUGCAGAGACAGUCUAUGUGAUCGCAUACAACUCAACUGAGUCAGUUUCAACUGCGCCACCUGAAGACUUCACAGUGGAUAACACCGUGAAAGGAAAAUUGGAUUAUACCUGGAGCAGUCCUCCAUGCGGAGACCGGAACGGAGCCGUAAGUUACGACUACGAAUUCGGUGAAGCGGGAGGGGAUGAUGUUCAGAGAGAAAACCUAAUAGUGACAAGUAAAUCCUUUGAGGAUUUAAAACAUUACAUGAUGUACGAGUUUACUGUCUGUCCGAGGACAGUCGUUGGACCGGGUCCCUGCAUCUUCAUUCAGACCAGAACACUACCAAGCGAACCCACUGGCCCUCUCAAUGUCGAAAGCGAUUUGGGGUCAACGAACCAGACAUAUACCAUCAUCGCCUGGGAGAAACCGGAGUUAAUCAACGGUUUAUUUUUGAGAUACGAGAUCCAGAAAGACAAUGAUGACGUCAUCAUGAUAGUGGAGGAGGAAGAAAGAAUAUAUUCAUUCUCAGAUUUAGAGCCGAACCAAGAAUAUGCAAUAAAGGUACGUGCUGUUAGCAGCGGAGGGAAUGGUGCUUGGGAUUCGGUCGACGUCACAACACUCCCAAUACCAGAACCAAACACGCCAGAGGUACCGGUUACCACGGCAAAGAAUGAUACAUCAAUCUCCAUCGAGUGGCCUCUCGUGGAUGAUACAAAUCUAGGAAUAUACAGGAUAACAAACUAUACAGUCAGGUAUUCAAGUGCCACAGGGGAUGAAGAUACUAUCGACGUCAAUUAUAUUACAUCCCCUAUGGUAUGCACUAUCGCGCCGUUAGAACCGGGAACGGAGUACUACAUCAAGGUUCGCGCUGUCAAUGAAGGAGGACCCGGGGGCUGGUCUGAAAGUUUGACUGAAUCUACCGACCAAACAUUUACUACUUGUCCUGACCAUUUUCUUGUUCCAGGAGUGCAAAUAGGCCUGAUUGUAGUUGUUGUAGUCAUUUUGCUGUAUGCAGUUGCUGUUACUUUCCUGCUUAUUCAGCUCAGACGCAAAGGACCAAUCAGGACUGAAGAGAACGGACAAGAUCCUUACAUGGACCUAAGACCCAGAUCCGAGGCAGACAACAUAUACCAGGAGAUCGCUAUCACCUCAACGACUUCGUCCCAAAAACCAGGAGAAAGACGUCUACCAUCAUCAGACCUGUUUCAUAAGAACCAGAAUGUUGAGCAGUUUGCAAACACAACACAAGACGAUGCUGGUUAUGAACUUGUACUAACCCCAAAUUAAGACAACUGGAAGCUUUAGAAAAACACAAUUUGCUUUUCAGCAAUUAUAUGUCUCUUGAUUUUCAAUUACAGGGAACAACAUUAAUGGAUUUAUCGAGUAAUUCUGUUUUGAAGGCAAUACAAAAUCUCUCAAAAUGUCUUAAUUAAAUGCUAAACAUUGGCAAAAGUAACUGGGAAAAGGGCAUUACUUUUCCACAAAGAAGUUACAAAAAGUUGUUAAGAAUAUAGCUUGUUGUUCUAAAAAUAUACAGGUCUACUCUUAGUACUGUGGAUGUACUGCUUUGAUAGGAAUAUUGUAAUCAAACGCUGCAAUACAAAGGAAAAACUGUAAAUGAACCAAAAUAAAUUGCAAAUAUUUUCAUGACAUUUUGUCAACAUUAGAGAAAACCUAAUUGAGUCCAUUCCUGACUCUAAUCAUUCAUUCUCUGAUUAUUUAAAAGGUAACUUUGUUCACAGUUUAUUUUCCAAACCAGUAACUGUCACUGAAAUUUAAAUAUUGUUAACACAUUGCCUAGGGGGAACAGUUUGGGGUAUGCAUAAGUACACGUCUUUUAAAGGUACUAAGUCCCAUUUGCAGGCCCAAAAAUGAAAAGG